AUGGAAGGAGAGGAAGUGAGCAACAAACAGAUAAUUCUGAAGGACUACGUGAUUGGAUUUCCCAAAGAGUCAGACAUGAUUCUCAAGACGAGUACUAUCAAAUUGAAGGUUCCAGAAGGUUCUAAUGCUGUUCUGUUGAAGAAUCUCUACCUUUCUUGUGAUCCCUACAUGCGAAAUCGCAUGAGGAAGAUGGAAGGGAGCUACGUCGAGUCCUUCACUCCUGGUUCGCCUAUAACUGGAUAUGGAGUGGCCAAAGUUGUGGAUUCUGGGCAUCCAAACUUCAAAAAAGGUGACUUGGCUUGGGGGAAAACUGGAUGGGAAGAGUACAGUCUCAUUCCAACUCCAGAGGUUUUUUUCAAAAUUGGACAUACAGAUGUGCCACUUUCCUACUAUACAGGAAUUCUAGGAAUGCCUGGAAUGACUGCUUAUGUUGGCUUUUAUGAGAUUUGCUCUCCUAAGAAAGGAGAGUAUGUCUUCAUUUCAGCAGCAUCUGGAGCAGUUGGCCAGCUUGUUGGGCAGUUCGCCAAAUUGAUGGGCUGCUAUGUUGUUGGAAGUGCUGGAACCAAAGAAAAGGUUGAUCUGUUGAAGAACAAAUUUGGGUUUGAUGCGGCUUUUAACUAUAAAGAGGACCAAGAUUUAGACGAAGCUUUGAAAAGGUACUUUCCCAAUGGCAUCGAUAUCUACUUUGAGAAUGUUGGAGGAAAGAUGCUUGACGCAGUACUCUUGAACAUGAGAAUCCAUGGUCGCAUUGCUGCAUGUGGGAUGAUCUCACAGUACAACCUUGAACGGCCUGAAGGAAUUCACAACUUGUUCUGUCUUAUUCUAAAACGGAUCCGUUUGGAAGGAUUCAUAGUUAAUGAUUAUUAUCACCUUUAUCCCAAGUUCCUGGACAUGAUUCUACCUUACAUAAAAGAGGGGAAGAUUGAAUAUGUGGAAGAUAUAGCUGAAGGCAUUGAACGUUCCCCGGCAGCUUUGGUUGGGCUCUUCUCCGGCCGCAAUGUUGGGAAACAGGUCGUGGUUGUUGCUCAUGAAUGAUGCACUUCACUUCACUACAAGUUCCUUGGCGUUGUCGUUUGAAAUAGUACACUCCAUGGCAUGUGCUUUUUCAUGAUUGUACUACUGCGUUUGGUAAACAAUAAUAUUUUUGUAUCAUAGUAUACUAGGAUGAACUUAGAAAUUGAAUGGAAUAUGCAUUUCCAUCUAAUGUAUAACAACAAUUAGUAUCAUGUAUUGGAAUAGAAUUGAAAAUCUAUUCAAU